AGUGCACUUCACCUACUAUAUGGAGGCAUUUGAGACUAAGCCUCGUGAGUGCUAACGGCUGAGAAAUCUGUGCGUUUUUGUUUUUCGGCGCUCCGGUUUUUAAUACAGAGGAUUGAAAUGUGAGUUUUAUGAGUUGACACGGUGACUUUUAAUAAAACAAUGACAAUGGAGACAGAUGAUGAAAAGGGAUACGGCACCAGAAGAAGAGAACUACCACCAAUUUCGCACGUGCAGAAACAUGGACCACGUGCGCUUCCGUCUUUGCCAAGCCAAGACACCACAGAUGAGAUACAAGUUCCAAAGAAGAAGAAGAAGAAAAAGGUGAAGCAGGAGGAGGAAACAGAGUCGGUCAGGGGUCCUAAAGAUGGUGGAAUUGAGAUGGGAGGCCUGGCCAGUCCAAGACAGUCCGAGAGCCGAGAGCCUUUAACCCCUGAACCUCCUGAAAACCUCCCACAGAGGAAGAAGAAAAAGAAGAAAGCUGAGGCAGUCGAUCAGGAUGGUGAUCAGGCGAACCUGGUGCUGAACGGUGACAUGGCGGAUCAGAACUCGGACGAGGAAACGACACGGAAACCGAAAAAGAAGAAGAAGACGAAACCUAAAGCGACAGAAUCGGACCCGGAGCUGGGAAUCGAAGACGAUGACAUCAUCACCGGACCAGCGCAGCCUCCGAUCCCCCAACAUGCAUUGUUCUCUGCUCCUCAGGGUCAAAGUCAACCUGUAGCCAAAGUGUUUGUCGAGAGAGGACGACGUUUCCAGCCUGCUGAGCGUACAGACCGGCAUGGACCUAGUAAUCAGACGGAACACAACUUCAUGGACGUCCAGUCCACAUGGACCACCAGAGAUGUGUCUGUCAGGGUGCACCGUGGCUUCAGGGUGAUCGGCUUGUUCUGUCACGGCUUUCUGGCUGGUUACUCCUUUUGGAAUAUUAUCGUGCUCUAUAUUUUGGCUGGAGAUCAGCUGAGUGCUCUGUCUAACUUACUGCAGCAGUACUGCAUACUGGCCUACCCUGCACAGUGCCUCUUUUACUUCCUCCUGGCCCUUAGCACUGUUUCAGCCUUCGACAGAGUGAAUCUUGCCAGAGGACCACACGCCAUCAGGAGUUUCCUGACAUUCGAGCCUGUGGCACUCGCCUCCUUUUUGUAUUUUUCAGCUCUGGUCUUGUCACUAAGUCAGCAGAUGACUAGUGAUCGUAUUAAUCUUUACCGCAGUGCGAACGCUUCACUAUGGCUGCCUGGCUCAGAGCACAGUGUGCUGUAUCCCUGGAUCAUAGUGAAUCUGGUGGUCACUCUGUUGGUGGGUUUGGCCUGGAUCCUACUGUCUACCACCCCAGAUGUGGAUCAUACAGAAGAGUCCUUGAUGGCAAUGAACAUUGAAUUUCCCAGUUUGGAAGAGAAAGGAAGCGUCACUGCUUGAGAAGUCGCUACGAUUGAAAUGGUCCACGUUUGUACUCAUUUUGCACGGUGCACAUUUGUAAAUAGUUUUUUUUAUUACUGCAUUUAUUUCCAUUUAGAUUUUAGUAAAACAUUUUAAACCUAAUAAACUCUUACUGUUAUUGAAUUUGUAUGAAAAUUCAUAUUCUGUAAAUAAAUAAAUAAAUAAAAACAGGG